UCCUCAACCUCUAUUCCUUCACCUGCUUCUUCUCAACCUCCACCAUAUUAAGGUGGACAUGAGAUGAGAUGAGAUGAGUCCAUUGCAUCGCCCAUUUCGCUCAUGGAUCAGUAGGUAGCCAAUCAUUCUAGCUUCCAUCUCAAAAACCAGUAGCACAUCAUCAUCAUCAUCAUCAUCUCAACCUCAAUCUCAAGCUACAAAAUCCUCCAAGAAUUCCAAGAAACCAAAGGCUUGACACUAUUGCAUUGGAUUGGCGGCAUGAGGAGAGGAGGCUUCCAUGGCGCGGCGGCGGCGUCGCCGACGACGGUGGCGAGGGCGGGGAGGGUGAUGAGGGCGGCGGUGGCGGCGUUCUUCCAUGGCUACCAUUGCUACACCUCCGUGGCGGGGCUGCUGGUGCUGCCGUUCUCGGCCGCCGUGCUGGCGUCGGGCGCCAUGGCGUCGCCGUCGUCGGGAGCGCUGGCGGCGGUGUCGGCGAGGAUACGGCGCAUGUUCGACGCCGCCGGGUUCCCGCCGUCGUCGUUCUUCGCGCUGUUCAACGCCAAGCUGUCGCAGACGGUGUUCACGUUCGCCGCCGCGCUGCCGUUCACGCUCACGUUCCUGCUCCUCGCCAAGGCGUGCGUCGCGGCGAUGCUCCGGCCGGACGACGAUGGCGAAGGCGUGGCGCGGCGAGGGCGCGGCGUGGCGAGGGCGACGCGGCUCCCGCCGUGCGGGAGCGUGGCGGGCGCGUACCCGGCGAUGGUGGCGACGCACCUGUUCGGCGCGUUCGUGAUGCUGUCCGCGAACGCCGCCGUGUUCUCCCUCAUGUUCCUCGCCUUCAACGGCGCCGACCUCCUGGGCCUCACCACCACCUCCCACGCCGCGGCGACGCUCGCGCUGUCCGCCGCGGGCGCCAUCGCCUACUCGGUGGCCGUGGGGAUCGCCACCGUGGUCUGCAACCUCGCCGUGGUGGUGUCCGCCAUGGAGCGCCGCGCGGGCCACGCCGCGGUGCUCAGGGCGUGCGUCGUCAUCCGCGGCCGCGUGCCCACCGCGCUGGCGCUCGCGCUCCCGACCAACCUCGGCAUGGCCGCCGCGGAGGCGCUGUUCCAGCUCCGCGUCGUGUCGCAGGCGCAACGCCACCGCCUCGCCGGCGCCGGCGACGGCAAGAGGCUCGCGGCGGGCGUCGCCGGCGAGGCGUUCUCCAUCGCGUACAUCCACGCGCUCUGCGUCGUGCUCGAGAUCAUCGUGAGCUGCAUGUUCUACCGGAGUUGCAGGAGAAGCGAGGCCGACGAGCUCAGAGAGCUCGAGCCAGAGGAGAAGGGUGACCUCCAAGCUUGAGCUCAAGUGUAAAAGAAAGUGUUAAAAAAAUUUUAAAAAUGAAUAGAUGUAGCAUUUGAAAAUUUCAAAUAGGUUUGAAAUUAUGAUGAGCAUAUAUGAAUUGAGAUAGAAUUAUUCUGGAAAUUGUUUUUUUGUUUUGUUGGGAGUAAAUUAAUGGUAUAUUGGGGUUAAUAAAUAAUGAAUGGAUGAUUCUCUUGUACAGUAACAAACACACUCUUGAAUAAACAAGCAGGGAAGUUUUGCAUUCUUCA